AACUUUAUCCUUCUUUAUUCAGAAGAAUUGUUCUUAAAGCUGAUAAUGUUGAUAACAACGAUGAUGAUAAUGACAACAAUGAAGAUGGAACCAAGAUCGAAAAGGAUGGAAUCGAAAAUGAUCUUAAAGAACUUGAAUGGUAUUCAGAAAAGGCUAAAGAAGGUAAUUCAUAUAGACUAUUGAUCCUAGAUGACCGAAAAUACCCCAUCACCGCCAAAGAAGAGGUGCUGAACAUUGGAAUUGAAGUUGAAAAGGAUCAAAUGCUUACCAAUAUAGAACCUAUGGCUGAAGGAACUAACGAGAAUGAAAAGUCUGAAACACCUAACCAUAAUUGCCACAAAAUAGUAAAUAUCGAAGAGGAUAAAAAUGGAAUUGAAGUUGAAAAGGAAAAAUGUAAGGCCCUUCGAUACUUACCAAUGUAUGGACCAUGCAUCUUCGAUCCCGGUGGUUUGACCUUGUCUCGUGGAACUCGACCUUGA